GUCCAUUUCCACUGAAUUUCGCGAAGAGUUAUCGUGUGUUUUGGAUUGGUCGAUCUUCAAUUUGAAUUGAUUGACCACUGACCGUGGGGUUGAUUGACUCCGCCCGCCUCAAUUUAUUUACGCCGUUUUCUGCCCCUCUUCGCGCGCAUUAGAAUACAUCGUAUUCCCCGGCAGCAAUGACGUUUCGCAGUGCUGCAGAGGAGAUGGACAGGCUCCAGCUUUCCGAUGAGGAUACGGAGGACCUCUGGGAUUCUCCCUCCAAACGGGGGAACAAGAACGUGAAACCAAAGAUUCCGCACGACCAUGGUAGCCCGACGCUAGAACCCAGACCCUCCCACGAUGAUGAAGGGACCAUGUUUGACCAUCAGGAAUCGCGCGACGCAGCUUUGCAAAAUGAACUACAGAGUGUCCGGAAUAUCAACGACGUGAUCGAGGGUCUUCUUUCUAGCCUUGACCAGGCCAAAGGGAAUAUGGAUACCGUUUCUCGAACCGUCAGUUCCGCAGCGACCCUACUUAACACCUGGACCCGAAUCCUUUCCCAGACCGAGCAUAAUCAGCGAUUGAUCCUCAACCCGAACUGGCAAGGAGCGACUCAAGAUGCGGCCGACAUGGAGAACGAAGCGAUUUUAAAACAGCAAGCAGCCGAAAGACGCGAGCAGGAACUGCAGAGGCAGCGGGAAGCCGCUACUCGAAGAGCAGAAGAAGACGCAAGGAAGCGGGCACAACCAACCACUAGAAGCACGCGUGGGACCACGACUACUAGCCGGGGACGAGUACGCGCUACCGGCCUGGGUAGAACUCCUAGUGUCUCAUACUCUAAAACAAAAGACAAUAUCCAGUAUAGACCAGAUCAUGUGCCAAGACAACACGCGGACAACGCGAUAACCGUCUCCAACCACCACCACAGCACCAUGGAUUUCGCGCCCUAUCAAGACGAGUCGCCCGAAGUCGAGCGGGCCCUUUCUCCCCCUCCGAAUAACCAUCUCCGGUCUCCUCAGUCACCUCCCAUCGCGGGUCCUCUACCAUCACCCAGUCACUUUGCCAACGAAGGACAAUAUACAACACAAAGCGGUGGACUUGGGAGCACAGGAAGUCUUGGGCCAGAUGUUGAAGGAGGGCGAUUGAACUUAGGGGCAUUUGACACAAGUCUCCCGAUUCGGAUGGACUAUGAAGCGAUGUUGGCAUAUCUGCUUCUACCUCCGGCGGGAGGUGUCUUUCUGUUGGUGUUUGAGCACAAGAGCGAUUACGUUCGGUUCCAUGCGUGGCAAUCGAGUAUGCUCUUCACGGCCAUCUUUAUCCUCCAUCUAAUCUUAUCGUUCUCGAGCUUUCUCUCAUGGCUUCUACUUAUCUGCGACCUUGCUUUGAUUGCAUUCCUGAGUCUGCAUGCAUAUAGAGAUGUGGACACACUCGAGCAUUUUGAAGUCCCAGUUUUCGGUCGUCUUGCGAAUUCAUUCGUUGACGAUGAAUGAAGUGCCCACUACCUGCGCUCCAGCGUACUAUCUAGAUACCCAUGCAAUGGAAGUUCAAUUGUACAGUGCCUUUAUACUGAAGUCCAUCUGCUUUGUCUAUAUCGUCCUCCUAUUUCAAGUCAUGACUGGCCCACCUCUCACAGAGUUUCUUUUCAUAGAGAUGUGAAAUACUAAUAAAAAUGAGGAAUGAAUGGAUGUUUAAUACGAAGCAUCGAUGCCUGUCGCAUUUUGUGCCCUUUUCAUCAAAGAGAAAUCCUGUAGACUGACUCAAAUUCAAUUUGAAAACAAUCACU